AUGGCCACUAAGUUGAUCAUCUUCACCGUUUGCGUGGCUUCUGCCUUCGCCCAAUACUCUGCCCCAGCCUACAAGCCCGCUUACUCAGCGCCAGCUUACGCAGCACCAGCUUACGCAGCACCAAAGGCUUACGCCCCAGAGCCCGCAUACGCCCCAGCCCCAUACAACUUCGAAUACAGCGUAAACGACCCACACACCUACGAUGUCAAGAGCCAAUCUGAAUACAGCGACGGUAACGGUUACGUCAAGGGAUCUUACAGCCUUUUGGAAGCCGACGGUUCCACCCGUACCGUAGAAUACACCGCUGACGACUACAACGGUUUCAACGCCGUCGUCAAGAACGAAGGUGGAUACAAGGCCCCAGCUUACGCUGCACCAGCUUACUCUGCACCAGCCUACAAGCCAGCAUACUCUGCGCCAGCCUACUCCGCACCAGCCUACAAGCCAGCUUACGCUGCCCCAGCCUACUCCGCACCAGCAUACGCCGCCCCAGCUUACCCAGCACCCGCAUACUCUGCCCCGGCCUACAAGCCAGCAUACAAACCAGCAUACUAA